AUGGAAAAAAUGACUUCUUGGCAUGAUACAAACCUAAGAUGGUUUAUUUUAGUGCUAAUUGGUGUUUACCCAUUAGUGCAGUUCUUAAUAGGGGAAUAUCCAGCUCUAUUGGGAGAGCAGAUCAAAUCGUAUUUUGAGGUGUCAUAGGCGGAAAUUAAUUAUUUAUUGUCAUUUCGAUCAUUUCCAAAUAUGAUCAUGUCAUUAAUUGGUGGUUUGAUAAUAGACACAUUUGGAGUGAGACGAUCCUAUGUUUUUUUUGCUUCCAUAGUUGUUGUGGGUUAACGUAUUUAUUAUAGAAAUAUAAAUAAAGUGAUGUGUUUCAUGUCAGUAAUUUUGAAAAGUUUUAUUAUGAUGGUGGUUGGUAGAUUUAUUUUUGGAUUAUUUGAAUCAAGUGGUUUUGUGGCUGAGAGUUAUUACAUUAACAAAUGGUUUAAGGGGAAGGAAAACUCUCUUGCAUUUGGGUACUCAAAAAAACUAUCAUAGAAUUGAUACAGGUAUUUGCAGGUUGGGGUCAAUUGCAGCUGCCAUCAUUUAUCCUUAUCUAUAUACAUCCUCCAAUAAUGAUCUGUCUACGUGUUUGUUGAUGUGUCUCUAUAUAGCAAGUUUAAGUUUUCUAAUCAUCAUCAUUCUCACUUAAAUUGACCGAUGCAGUGAUCUGAGAGAUCAAGCAUCCGACUAAAAAUUAGAUAGCGUCGAUCUUAGAUAAAUUAAACAAUUUAGUCUUGAAUUCUAUGUAACAUUGAUAAGUUGUGUAACCUGUUAUGCAGCAUUUUUUAUUUUUGGUUACAAUUCUGUAGAAAUGUUUAAGCACAUGUAAUUCUCAUAAGAAAAUUUAGAUAUAAACUAGAUUAAAAUACUGCAAACACACUAUUUAGCAUUCCCUAUUAUCUUUCAGCAAUAUUAAGUCCCAUUAUUGGACAUUAUAUAGACAAGAAAGGAAAGAAUAUUGAAAUUUUGUUAAUUGCUAGUAUUUGUUAAUUAUUAACUACCUCAAUCUUUUAUUUGAUACGGAAUGUGAUACAGCAUGCGUUGCAUUCCCUUUAAUCGGAAGCAUUCUCAAUGGAUUAUUCUUUGGAACAUAUUAUGCUGUUAUGUGGCCUCAUAUACCAUUAAUUGUUCCGUCUCAUAUGGUUGGAACUGGCUUCGGGUUAACAUUUGCUUGCAUCAAUAUAGGUAUUGAUUCUCAAUUAACUUCUAUAGAAAUAACAAGUUUCUCUUUUGUUGUAGCUAAUAUGUUGCAAGUUGAAAAUUUUGAAAACUAUCAAUAAAUGA